GUUGUACGACACAGGGAUGCUUCGACUGCCAGGCCGCCGCAUUGCGGCACUUGGACAUAUCCAUCGUCCCAUGCGCCAUGACGCCAUGGCCCUGCAUCAAGUGGCACUACGACAACCUGUCUGGAUGGCUGUCCCUUUGCAGCACCGCCCAUUCUUCAGUUGGUUUGGCAAGGACAAAGAUGUGCCAGCUGCGUCACCUCCAGCAGUGGACGCCAUAGCUGCUGUCGAAGAUGCAUCCACGCCGCCGCUUUCCACAAAGGCGACCAAGGUCGAAGAGUCCUUGACCCAAAGACAAGCCGACAUCGACUACUCCAUUGGAAAAUACGCCAAGUUGGCGGACGGCAGCGUGAUGGCCCGGUGGGGCGAUUCCAUGGUAUUGACCACCGUCGUGAGUGAAAAGACCGUCGACGCGACCGCGUCUCCUGACUUUCUUCCUCUCAGUGUCGACUACCGCGAGAAGUACUCGGCCACGGGCAUCAUUCCUGGCACGUUCAAACGGCGAGAGAUGGGGUCCGACGCCGAAGUGCUCAAGAGCCGCAUCGUGGAUCGCAUUGUCCGACCUCUCUUUCCCAAGGGCUACAACUUUGAAACCCAAGUUUUGUCAACCGUCCAGUCCUACGACGUUGACCACGACCCGGUCGUUCUCGCCGUCAACAGCACGUCGGCCGCGCUCGUGUCCUCCAACAUUCCGUGGAAUGGCCCCAUCGGGUGCGUCCGCGUGGUGCUCGUGGACGGCGAUCUGAUCGUGCACCCUACGGCCGAGCAGGCCAAGGCGGCGACGUUCGACUUGCUGUACGCGGGCACGGCGCACCGCACCAUGAUGAUCGAAGCCGAGGGGUUCGAAGUCCCCGAUGCGACCGUGCAGGAAGCGCUGCGGCUGGCGCAUCGGCACAUCCAGCCGCUCAUCGCCGCGCAACUCUUGCUGCCUCAAAAGCCCAAGCGCGAGUUCCAACCCGCGGCGGUGCCCGACGGACUCACGGACGCGGCCCUCGCGGUGCUGCCAGAGGUGCGCGCCUUGCUCGGCUCGUUAGCGUCGACGCCCAACUCCAAGAAGGAUCGCCAAGCCCUUGAGGGCAAAUGCUACCACGUGGUCAAGUCGAGGCUCGUGGAGGCGUUCCCAGAGUUCACCAAAGACACCCCCGCGGUCAACUCGGUGGCGCAUGAUCUGAUCCAACUGGCGCUUCGGUCGAACGCCCUGGAUGGCGUCCGGCUCGACGGCCGACCGACCUCCGCCAUCCGGACCCUGGACAUGGAGACGUCCGUGCUUCCGAUGGCGCACGGGUCGUCCCUGUUUAGUCGCGGGGAUACGUCCGCCCUGUGUACUGUCACAUUGAGCAACUUGGACCUGGCGAUGCGCGUACGGUCAGCGUUAGCAGACGGCGACAACUACGAGACGAAGCGAGCGUUCUUGCAGUAUGAGUUUCCGCCCUACUGUGUCAAUGAAACGGGUCGGCUGGGCGCGCCCAAUCGCCGCAUGGUUGGCCAUGGCGCGUUGGCGGAGAAGGCGAUCUUGCCCGUGCUGCCGUCGGUGGCACAGCUGCCGCAUGCCAUCCGCAUGACGUCGGAGACGCAGGGCUCGGACGGGUCGAGUUCCAUGGCCACAGUGUGUGGGGUCACGUUAGCCCUGCUGGAUGCGGGCGUGCAGCUCAAAGCCCCCGUCGCGGGGAUAUCUAUCGGCCUUGUCAGUGGCGGCGACUUGACCGACGGCGUCACGCCCAUCGAAGAGUACCGCCUUCUCACAGACAUCCUUGGCACGGAAGACCAUUACGGAGACAUGGACUUCAAGAUCGCCGGGUCCACAGAUGGCAUCACGGCCAUGCAACUCGAUGUUAAGCUCCCGGGGGUGCCGGUGGAGAUUCUGUGCGAAGGCAUCGAGCGAGCGACCGCCGCGAGGUCCGAGGUGCUGGCGGAGAUGGCCAAGGUGCGCGUCGUGCCUCGCGCCAACGCGCCGACCACUACCGUACACACUUAACUUCCAUCCUCGUCGUCAUCUUUCAAUCCAAAACCAUAUGCGAUAUCGUUUUAGGCCACUGCGAUCACCCAUUACAUGACGUACGACCCGUCGAUGCGCGGGGUGCUGAUUGGCUCGGGGGGAUCCACGGUGCGGGAGCUCGAGGCGCAGUCGAACUGCUCAAUCCACUGCAAAGAAGGCGGGCUGGUUGAGAUUGUCGGCAAGACCGAAGGGGACGUGGCCGUCGCCAAGCGUCUCGUGGACGAAAUCACGUUUGUAUAUCGCCGCAACCAGCGGUACAAAGUGGUGGUGCAAAGUGUGAUGGACUUUGGAUGUGUGGUCGUGCCCGAGUUUGCCUAUGGCACAGCGCUGGCCCAGGACAAAGCCAAGCAGGCGUUCGUCCACGUCACAGAAAUGGCGCACACGCCCGUGAAACGAGCGAAUUUGACUGUCAAAGCGGGCCAGACGCUGGAUUGCUGGUGCAUUUUCGCCGAGCGCGACACGACCAAGCUGUCGUUGAAGGCGUUGAUCGAUCCAGUGACCAACAAGUACUUGUCAGACGCAGAAGCCAUCGCGCAGCUGACCAAGCACGAGGACAGCGUCAAGCGCACGCGAAUGACAUAGAGAUAUAGUAGAGAUGGAUUGAAAUACUAGUACUAUUAAUAGUAGUACUAGUUAGACGGGUCGAUGCUGUGCAUGGUGGACGGAAGGGCGAGGGGUGGCUGUCGGCACGUAGCUGCCUUCAAGCAUGGACUGUAGUUUGCGGUGGAACCAUCGCAUAAAGCACACGCCCACGAAGAGCGCAAAGACGCCGAACGCCCCGCCGAUGACGAUCACCGCCGUGUCCCGCGAUGGGUUUAGCGUCGACAAGGACCCAACUCGCCCGUUGGGGGGUGGAAGCGGCGGGAAAGUGAUCGCUUUUGUGGCUGGCGCCGUCACGAGGGGCUGGGCCGUAGGGGCUUUAGUGCGACUUGCAAGCACCUGCAGGUCUUUGAGCCACGAUGUCAUCACUUUACUGCCUUCGGGGCGGCACCAUCCCGUGCCAAGUACCACGAGGCUACACGGCACGACCACGCUCCCGCCGGACGCUGGACACGUGGCAGCCGCGGGCUCGGCGAACGGAGAUGCGUGGAUCGCUGCAAUCGUAGCACUGCUAGUGCGAUGCAACUGGGCCGACAGCUCGGGAAUGGUAGUGCUGGGUAGUGUGUCCUGGGACCACAAGCUCGAGUUGGAGGUGCCCGUAGCUGCAAACACUUCGAUGGCGCACUUGAGCGGCGUGCGAAGCUGGCUCGGCAAGGACGCGUUCAAUCGGAAGUAGUGGUCCCCCGCCGCAUUCACGCACGACGUCAGUGGGACCCCCAAGUCGCUCGAUCGAUACGCAAUCGAUGCCAUGGACGCACCAGUGUCGAUAGUCGUGCCGCCUUGGCCACACGGCGUCAACACCUUUGCAAACGACGCUCCGGCGAUACGGACGUACCCCGCGUCCCACAAGAGCGCGCGCUGCGCAAACGUGUUCAACGUGGUCCAAUUCAAGUUAGUGCCCUGGAGCCGCAACAGCACGUCGCUAGGUACAGAUGCUGGCAGCGCUGGUGGCUGGGACAGCAAGCGAUCGUAUAGGAACUUGUACCUUGCCACAAAGUCGGAGGACUCUCUCCAUCGACCGGGGGUGUCUGGAGGAGUGGUGGUGGGGGUCGGAGGCGUAGUGAUGAUGGCCGACGCGCCGGUCGUUGCGUUGCCAUUCUCCAUCGCCUGUCACGAUUUCAGC